AUGGCUCAUUUGUCAAACUACAUUUCUUUCCUUCUCUUCACCACCCUUUUCUUGGCUCUUCAAAUCUCUGCAAGAGACAGCCAGUUCUUCAGCAAAGUCUCCCAUUUCGACACCAACAAUGUCAAAGAGACCGAACUUCCCAACAAAGAAGCACCAGAAGUAAACAAGGUAGAGCAACAACCACCCUUCAUUCCCGAGACCGAAAACAGCUAUGGCCUAUAUGGUCAUGAUGAGUAUAAUCAAGUUCCUUCCACCACCACAACCAAAAAUUCCGCCUCUUACACCACCCCCACUUCUUACCACCCUUACAAGACCGAGUUUGAGGACAACAACAAGUACUUCAACAAUGAUGCCUAUAACAAUAGGUUCACGGAAACCGGUUACAACAACAAGAAGUAUUACAAGAAGGAUUCUUAUCGGGGUGACCAAUAUCAGUUAAGCGACGCAAAGUACACAGAAGAAGGUUACAACAACAACAAGUACAACAACUAUCAGAACGACAACCAGAAGUACUACAGCAACGAUGCUGACAAUCACAAAUACUACAACAACAAUUUUAAUGGUAACGGUAACAGUUACAAUGGUGAGAAGCAAGGUAUGAGUGACACAAGGUUUUUGCACGGUGGAAGGUAUUUUUAUGAUCUUAACGCGGAAAAUUCCCCUCCUACAAACUAUGGUGAUUCAUCCGGGGGCGUGAACACUAACACCUGGUACAACAACAGAGGUGGCAAAUACAAUGAGUAUCAGAACCAGGAGGAGUUUGAAGAUGAACAAAAAUUUGAACCAUGA